AUGCUCCUAUUACCUGCAACCCUAGACCGAGCCGCACCGCUACUUCCCCGUUCGGCCGUUCUCCUCCUGCCACCAACCACCGCCGCGGGCUGCACCGGCGAAGCUUGUCCCUGUCUUCCCCGUGACACUACUACCCCCUUCCCGUCCGCAGCCGUCCUCCUCCUCGCGCCGCACUCCCCCUCUCCCCGGCCGUACCUGCAGCCCGUGCUCGCCGCCGCACUCCCCCUCCUCCCGGCCUCCACCGCACCUCGACCGAGCAGUUCACGCCGCCCCCUCCAACUAGCAAACAUUAACGGCAAAAUCCAACCCUAUAUCCUCCGCCGCCUCCGCCUCCGCCUCCGCCUCCGCCUCCACCUCCACCGGACAGACCGCCUGUCCGCCAUGCCGGAUCACAGUGCCAUUUCCCGAUGCUCGGACAAUCACCCGUGGGUACUCAUCGACAGUAUAGCACGCACUGGCUACUGCAGUAAUGAUACUACUGCCCAAACCUCGUCAAGCCGUCUCUUCCCCAUCAGGGUGUCCUUCGUGCUCGCGGAUCCACCUGACGUUUCUGUGUGCUUCGUGCACUGCCCUGGCCCCAAAAAGUGGCACUUUGAUGGUGAUCCUCUCAUCCUCACUGCUUCUCAAGCCUUUGUGCUUCUUGUCGUAUCUUUCACCGGCAACGACGACGACUUUGAUGACUACUUCGUCUACAGAGCAGGGCCAGGUAAACCGCGUCUCCAUCGCAUUUGUAUGCCGUCUCCUCGGGAUUACGAUGAUAAGACAAUCGGCAUAUUGCCUCUUUCUGACGGCGCGAGCAACCACUACGCUGUUGUGGUUCCCGUUAGACGGUACAACCGUGCAUCACACAGCGUGGACUAUAGUCUUAGAGUGUUCCGGUCUGAUAGGGAAGGGUGGACCACUAAGGAAACUCAAAUGGCUAGGGACACAGAGACAGACCGUCGCAAUGUGCGUAAUCUUGUGGGCACCAGGGUAAUUUCAGUUGGAGAAGGGGUACUUGGCUGGGUUGAUCUUUGGUGGGGUAUUCUUGUUUGCAAUGUGCUAGAUGAGAAGCCGAUUAUGCGUCUCGUGCGAUGGCCGGUGGCUGAACCUUGCGAUGAUGUGAAGCAUAUUUCUCCAAGGCCAUUCCGGGACGUUGCUGUGAUAAAUGGCAUAAUAAAAUUUGUUAAGCUCAAGUUUCACCAGCCUACCUUCAAUCAAGGAGUCAUGAUCAAUCAAGGAUGGACAGUCAAUGUUUGGAAAAGAAUAGUUUCUUCGGCUGAUUGGCACAAGAGCUCCAAAGUUCACAGUCAUGAUAUAUCUAUCAUUGACUCGGUUUUAAUGAGUCAGAUUCCAUUUUUAGUACCUGAAAUAUUGGAUGUGGAAGCAAAGAGACUGGCUUGGGAUCAAGUAUCAUGCACCAGCCCAACUUUGAGUUUAAAUAGUGAUGAUGAUGUUGUUUACAUCAUGGUCAAGGCAAAGUUGGAACAUCCAAUAGCUUUUGUGUUUGCCGUUAAUGCCGGAGAGAAAACAUUGGAAGCCGUGGAGGACUGCCGUGCUGAAAAGAUGACAUACUUGGAACCAACUUAUGUAGCCUCUGCCUUUUCCAGCUACCUCACGAAUGCAGGUCCAACUCCCGCUAAGGUUCUGGAUCAUCCAUACAGUGUUGCUGGCUCAAAUGUUGAAAAUGAUGUUACUGUUGAACCACUUCUGCAUGUGCCCAACGAGGAACCUAUAAGAAUCCCUGUCACUGCUUCUUAUUCUAUCUCUCCAGCUGAGACGGAUGUUACCAAGAAGUCUUACGCAUCAAUUGUGAGCCAGGGUCCAUCAAAUGCAGCUGUGAAACCAAAACCUUUAACAAAACCAGUGAGGAUCGCUGUUGAAGGUCUAACUCCCAAACUGGAGCACCCAUUCAUUGUUGCUGUCUCAAAUGAUGAAAAUAAUGUUACUGCUCAACCACCUCUGGCAGCGCUCAACGAGCAACCCAAAAUGACCCCUGUUGAUGCUUCUUACUUUCCCACUCCAGCUCAGAAGGAUGUUACCAAGAAUACUUACGCAUCAAUUGUGAAUCAGGGUUCACUAACUGCAGUUGUUACACAAAAACUUGUGACAAAACCAGUGAGAAUUGUUGUUGAAGGUGCAGGUCCACCUCCUGAACCAGAGCGCCCAAACGUUGUUGAUGGCUUGGAUGUUGAGAAUAAUGUUACCGUUGAACCACAUCUACCAGUGCCCAACGAGCAAUGCAAAAGGACCCCUGUUGCUGCUAACACACAGCGUUAGCUGUAGUAUGUCACAUUCAGACUACUGCUUAUCGGAGAUUCUGGGAUUGUAUGUCUUUUCUGAUCAAAUAAGAACCUGAGCAAGGUACAUUUCAUUUCGAAA